GUCUGGUCCAAGGAAGAAGAAAAUCCCCCCUGCCCCUCCGAUGCAACACGCGUGUUCGUGCUGUGAGAAAGUAAGAAGAUUAUACAACUAAUUCCAGCUGUUAGGAAAAGAUCCUCUUGACGCAUCAGACACAGAGACUCAAAUCAGCAUCUUUCCAUGAACCUAAAGACAUUCACCAUGUGUUUUUUCACCCAUCUAUGCUAAAGGGCCCACCGUCAUCUGCAUCAAACUUAAAGCAUAUUCCACUGGACAUCAUUAUUUUUCACACUCAGGUUUUGCUUUUGAGAGAACGAGAGAAAAGGACAACCUAAGGGAUACCGUACAGCACCACAAAGUAACCAAGUGCUCAGAUCUACUGCCUGCGUGUAUUUACUCCCAUCAUGCCUUUUGUCGUUCUGCAGACGUCGCGCCUGCUCUGGGUGCGCACGGCGGCACUGUUGUGCACGUGCGUGACCUUCAGCGUGGCGGCUCACGGUGGGUCGCUGGGCAACUCGGGCGAUCUCUUCAUGUUCUGCUGGUGCUUCAGCUUCGCCGGCACGCUGCUUGUCCUCGUGGUGGAGCUGUUUGGCCUGCAAAUGCGCGCGCCUGUCUCCUGGACCAACUUCCCCAUCACCUUCGCCACCUACGCCUCGCUCCUGUGCCUCACAGCCUCCGUGGGCUUCCCCCUCACCUUCCUCAAGGGCUACCAGUGGCAGGGCGAGGUGCGCGACCACCGCAUCGCCGCCACUGUCUUCUCCUGCCUGGCUACGGUGGCGUACUUCGUGGAGGUGAGCCUGACGCGGGCGCGUCCAGGCGAGGUCGCCGGCUACAUGGCCACCACGCCCGGCUUGCUGAAGGUGUGCGAGACCUUCGUGGCGUGCGUCAUCUUCGUGUUCAUCAGCGAGCCCGUGUCGUACGACCGCUACCCGGCGCUCAAGUGGUGUCUGGCCGUCUACUGCAUCUGCUUCGUGCUCUCGGCCGCUGUGGUGAUUCUCUGCGUGGGCGAGUGCACCGGCUGCCUCCCCUUCACCUUCUCCCGGUUCCUGUCUGCCUACUCCUUCCUUGCCGUAGCCAUGUACCUCACAGCCACCAUCCUCUGGCCCGUUUUCCAGUUCGACAGUCGCUACGGCAACAAUGCGCGGCGGCCUGACUACUGCAGGAAUGUCGGCACGUGCCCCUGGGAUAAGUUGGUGGGCGUAUCGGUGCUCACCGCGCUCAAUCUGCUGAUUUACCUGGCGGACCUGGCCUACUCAGCCCGCCUGGUGUUUGUCAGCGGGUGAGGAGGGAGGAAGGCCAGAUUAGUUUUGUGUUUUUUGUUUUUUGUUUUCAUUUGUGUAUUUUGUUGACCACAAGAGAAAAUGAGAGAAAAGACUCUUUUUUAAAAAAGUCUUUGUUUGGUUUUUGCCUUUUUUCCCCACAAAAAUAAAAGGAGAAAAAAAACACAGGUGGGUAAAGAGAGACAUACAGUACAAUCUGUAACUUAGAAGUGAAGUGUGUAAAGCACUCACCAUCAUAGCAAAUGGUUGUCUGCUUACCCAGUCUGCUAAUCAGUGUGUCUGUAGUGUCUACUGUAUGUUUUUAAGGAGUGGUGGGUAUUUUUGCAAAAGUAGAUCCCUGAUCUUGCUGUAUGUAUUAUUACAUUUAUUCAGUUCAGUUAACAGACACCAAAUAGAUAUGCUUUUUAAACCAAAGUACAUAUGCAGAUAUCUGCUGCUUCAGUCAAACUUACUGUCUGUGAAUUACCCUGAAUUACUGUGCACAAAAUAAAUACAACAUGAAAAAGA